GUUCGUCCAGUUAGUCGGCAUAUCUUUCUCACUCAUGGACGAAGCCCCCGCCGAAAUCCGAUCCUUCCAAACCCUAAUUCCGCCGCCCCCCUCUACGCCUCCUUCCCCUCCUUUGACGGUGCAUGAACCCCUAGAUCAGGGCUUCCCCCCGCCUCCCCCUGCCGAAGCCCCAUUCGAUCCCUACCAGGACCACGCGCCCCCUUUCAUCACCCCAGCCAAGCAGGAUGCCCUCCCAGCGAAGCUCGAUGACCGGCAGGUGAUAUCCGGAAACGCGGUCACUCACAGCGGCACUGACAAGGACGCCUCAGGCGGCGAGGAGGAAGCUAGCAGUCGCCGCCGUCGCCGGCGUAGCCGGUGGGAGCCCACUCCGUCCGAGGCCGAUCAGAACGGUGGCGAUGCGGCUGGCGAUGGUAGUGGUAGGAAGAGGAAGUCCCGAUGGGCGGAGGAAGAGCCGAAGCCCGUCGUUCAGCUCCCAGACUUCAUGAAGGAGUUCACUGCAGAUCUUGAUCCUGAGGUACAGGCCCUCAAUUUCAGGCUUCUUGAGAUCAGCCGUCGCUUGCAGUCCACCUUGCCUCUAGAUGAUCGUCCUGAGGGUGCCCGGUCGCCGUCCCCUGAGCCGAUCUACGAUAACAUGGGCAUCCGAAUCAAUACUCGUGAGUAUAGGGCGCGGGAGAGGCUGAAUAAGGAACGGCAGGAGAUUAUUUCCCAACUGAUUCAGCGGAACCCAGCGUUCCGUCCUCCUGCUGAUUAUCGUCCACCAAAGCUCCAAAAGAAGCUCUAUAUUCCUAUGAAGGAGUAUCCAGGCUAUAACUUCAUUGGUCUUAUCAUUGGUCCGCGAGGAAAUACACAAAAAAGGAUGGAGAAGGAGACAGGGGCAAAGAUCGUCAUCAGGGGAAAAGGGUCUAUCAAAGAAGGUAAAUUGCUUCAGAAGAGGGACUACAAGCCAGAUCCAGCUGAGAAUGAAGAUUUACAUGUCCUGGUGGAAGCGGAGACACAGGACUCACUAGAAGCUGCUGCUUCCAUGAUUGAGAAACUUCUGCAUCCGGUUGACGAGGUGCUGAACGAACACAAAAGACAGCAGCUGAGAGAACUUGCAGCCUUGAAUGGAACUAUCAGGGAUGAGGAAUUCUGUAGGUUGUGUGGUGAGCCAGGACACAGGCAGUAUGCUUGUCCUGCGCGCACUUCAACAUUUAAGAGCGAUGUUCUUUGUAAAAUUUGUGGUGAUGGUGGGCAUCCCACGAUUGACUGCCCCAUGAAAGGAACAGUUAAGAAGAUGGACGAUGAGUACCAAAACUUUUUAGCUGAGCUUGGUGGUGCUGGUCCAGAGUCUUCCACGAAGCAGAGUUCUACAUUGCCACUUCUUGGUUCAAGUGCUCCAGGAACUAAUCUUGGUGGUGUACAAAGUCUGAUUAAGAAAGACUAUGAUGAAACAAAUCUUUAUAUUGGAUAUUUGCCUCCUGCUUUUGACGAUGAUAGCUUGAUUAGGUUGUUCUCCCCCUUUGGUGAUAUUGUAAUGGCAAAGGUUAUCAAGGAUCGAAUCACUGGACUUAGUAAAGGUUAUGGUUUCGUGAAGUACUCUGAUGUAUCCAUGGCUAAUCAGGCAAUAUCUAGUAUGAAUGGUUAUCAUCUGGAAGGAAGAACUAUAGCUGUUCGUGUGGCUGGCAAGCCACCACAGCCUACAGCACCGCCGGUGUCGGUGCCUCCAGCUCCUCCAGCAUCAGUUGGUGCAUACCCUUCUCAGCAGUACAUGCCUGGCGCACCUCUUACAAACCCACCACCUCCGCCUGGUAGUUAUGCUCCAGUUCCCUGGGGACCACCUGUUCCUCCUCCUUAUGCACCCUAUGUUCCACCUCCCCCUGGUUCUAGCAUGUACACCCCUGUUCAAGGUCAGUCAGUGCCUCCCUAUACCAUGCAGUAUCCCCUUCAGCAACAAACAGCCCCUCCUGGUGUCCCAGGUCAAAAUAUGCCUUCUAGUGAAGCAAUGCAGAACCUUCCUCCUGGAGUUCAACCUCAGAGUUCUACUACUACUGUUGCCCUCCCUGUACCAACUGAUAUGUAUGGUAGUGGUUCUGUACCGGGAGUUAGCCCACCUGUUCCUCCACCUUCAUUUGCUCCAGCAACUUAUGGCUAUGCACCUUAUUAUGUUCCUGUUCCACCACCUCAUAGUUUUGAUCCCACGCAGAGCAUUGGGAAUGUACCAUGGGCCCAUAGUGCAAUGCCACCUCAGCCUGCAUCCUCUGCUGAACAAUCAACUACUCAUGCUUCAGAUGCAGAAUAUGAGAAAUUAAUGUCAGAGUUGAAAUGAUGCUGCUGUUUAUCAAGGCAUGUGGUAUCUUGGAGCUAAAUUCUCAAUUUCUUUCCUAUUGCUAUAACUACAACUAGUGGAAGUUUGGAACUCACAUCUUAUCUUGCUGUAUAUUCUGAUUAUUGCAGAGACUGCUGGGGCUAGAAGUGGUCACUAAGUUUGGAUUUAUCGUCAAUUUGUAACUGGUUUCUUUUAUGCCUAACAGUGCUAUUAUCCAGCAGGAAAAUUGGCUCUCUACUCUUAGACGGCAGGCGGCCAUAAACUUUUUCUAGUUCAUCUGCAUUUGUUCUUAUAUUAUUGCCUCAAGGAUCUCUUUCUAAAUACUCUUGUGAUGUUUAAAUUUGCAAUUGGGACUAAUCCUUUGGCUUGUCUUCAGUAUUUGAUAGUUUCCCUUAUGAAGCUAAUUACAUUUAUUAAUGUGAGAUUUUUCUUAUACUUUGAACAAAAAAAAUUACUACUUUUUAGCUGCUUCUGUUAUGCAGAGUUGACAUGCAUUCUUAGCAUCCUCCUGUGAGGCUGAGCUGUUUGCCAUACCACUUCAUGGGUAUUGGUUAACUUACCUCUAGUUGUCUUAUCUGUUUAUUUUCUAUGGUGUCUAAUAUGGUUUAAAGUUUCUUUGCCACAGCAGAAGAUCUGUUAUUUGAGUUAUUUUUAAGUGGUGCAUCAGGUAAAUUGUCUGGCGAACAUUGAUAGAAUUCGUUAAAUGGUAAUAAUCAUAUGACGACAGUUUUUACUGGUCCAGCCUCUUAAAUUCAUCUGAAUGGAGUCUCCAAAUAUAAACUUCAUAGCUUUACUUUUUCUUUUUCAUUUUUUAUAUUAUAUAGAGUUUGCUAACACUUGCUAUCCUGCGUAACUUGUGCACGUGCAGAGGUCAGGCUAAAGGUGGUAAAUCAGAUUAUAGUUUGUUUAAGAAUAAUUUUUUGCUUGCAUGGUUCUUUUAUUCCAUUCUCUUGAUAUUUUAAUUUCAAACUAAAAUCAGUGGCUUCUAAGUGAACGUAUGCUUUAUCAAAUUGUUUUGCAUCUAUUCAAUUUCUUUCUCCAAUUUUCUUUAUUUGUUUAUCAAGUUGCACAUUCCCUUGUUUGAUUGGUAUCUAGCCUUAAUGUGCUCAAUGAAUUUGCUUACAUCCUUCACUUUUGAGCCUCUAACAUGUUGAUUGCAGAAAUUAGUCGGUGAUGGUUCUGGGAUUUCUGUGCUUAGAUUGAUUGGAAUACUAGGGCCAAAGGUACUAGCGUUCUGCUAAUAUGCUUAUACUAAUCCACUUAUUUUCUACUUCUAACCUGUCAGUUGCAGUAAGUUAAGAGGUGGUGUGAGCUUUUUCUUUCGUAUUUAUUGAGGGGUGCUAAAACAGCAAGAAUUUGGUGAAUGAGAGGUCAUUUUUGUUUUGUUUUGUUUUUUUUUUUUUGUUUUCUCUUUUGGGGUGAACUUUGCUGGCUCACCUUGGGAAUUCUAGUUGUAGUCAUUUAUUUUUUUGGCUCACAUUCAUUGCCCUGUUUGUCAUUGGGAUUCUUCACCGAGGUUAUUGUAUUAGCUAAUAUGGGUCAUUUUUAUUUAGAAAGAGCUUUUAAGGUUGUUAGAUUAA